UCUACCCACAUGAUAUACGACUUUUAGCGGAGUAUAUAUGGGAGUGAAAAGUUUUUGGUGGAUUUACUAGGGUUCACACACUCCCUGUGGCUUUCGCUAAAUUUUACGGGAGAAUGAAACUGAUCGCUCUAGUCCUCUUUCCAUUGUUGGUUAACGUCAAUGGAAAUUCUGGACAGCAUGGAUAUAGUUCUGAUGAGGCGAAUGAAGGACGCAAGUUGAUGGCGAUUUUGAGAACGUUGCCGGGUAAAAUAACACGGGACUAUGUGCCACCGGCGCACGCUGAAGCUGGUUUGAAUGAUUUGGACGUAGAUGACACGGAUGAGGAUAUCAAAGAACCGGCAACGAGGCUUAUGACAGAUCCAAACAGUGACAAUGGCUUAGAGCCAGCUGCUGAGCGACCUUUACAGGCUCUGAUAGCUCAGCUGAAACCAAUACUGAAUAAAUUGGUUGAAUUAGUGUCCGGAACCUGUUUGGAAGAAGUUGGGCAUGCCCUGAUGACGAUUUUUCAAACUGUUAUGAGAAACAUCAUGCCUCCUGCGGCAAUGAAAAAUCCGAAAAAAUCUUGAUCGUAAUUCGUGAAUUGGAGGGAAGUGUAUUGCGAAGACGAGUGAAAAUAAAUACUUGAAAUGUGGCCUUGA